CUGAGACUCUUGACCCGCCGUGGCCGCCCACAGCCCCUGACCCGCCGUGGCUGCCCACAGCCCCUGACCUGCCGUGGCCAUCCCUGGCUCCAGACCCGCCACGGCUGAGAAGAUGGCGCCAUGGCGCCCACGGUUUCAGACCCGCCAUGACGGCCGAGGACCUAGUACCGCCCUGGAGACCUCCGAACCCGCCUGCACCCCCCGCACCUGCCUGUAGGUCUCCAGGGCGCCCACCCCCCCUCCCCGCUGGUUCAUCUGAGGUGUGAGGACACGCCUUCCGGGGAGGGGGAGGUAAUGUUACAUCCAUGCCUUCCCGGACUCCAGUUCCCAGCAUCCUCCUGUUCCGCGCACCUGUCUUCACUCCCAUCAUCAGUCUUCCCGCCAUCUCCCCGUAUUCCCUGCACCUGUUGUUCCUCAUCAGCAUUCCCUUUAAGUUGGACACUUUCCCUGCACUCCUGGUCUGUUCUAUUGUUUGCUACACCGUGUAUGUUGUUCGUGUUCUCUGGUAUUGUUAAUAAAACGUUUGUAUUGUGGAUCUCCGUACUCGCCUCAUCUCUUCAGGAUACAUCCGGUAACAGAAGAACAGACCUAAAACCCCUGGAGAUCCACAACUCAGGAUGGGAUUAUUUCUCAUGUCAGAGAUUCCUACUCCUCCCGUAUCUCACCCGCCAGCUUCUGCUGCGGAUCGCCUCGUUGGGCUCCUGCAGGAGGGACGUUCACUGGAGAGGUAUGUGGAGGAGUUUGUUGAGUUGGCUUAUGUGACGAAUUGGCCAGAUGCUUGUUUAAACGCCCUUUUUCUGGAGGGGCUGGACGAGAGCACGAUCCGUUUUGAUGAACCUGCCGAUCAUUUAUCCUUAGUCGAUACCAUUAAUUUGAUUUUGUAUUUAAAUGGUUCUAAGUUUGUUAUCGAAGAGGUUCCGGAUAUAGCGUGCAUUUCUCGUUCAAUUCCUCCAGAAACACGGGCGGCCUGGCCAGUUCGUUGGCCUCCAUCUUCCUCCGCAUGCCCCUCCAGUGAGCUUUUCCUCUGUGUCCUGCUGGACCCACAACCCUCUGCUGGGUCCAGACGACCAAAGAGAAGGAGGAGGAAGACCAAGCCGGCCAAGUUCCCUGAGUUUUCUGCCUCCAUGCAACCCAAGUUCCCUGAGUUUUCUGCCCCUGUGCAGCCCAAAUUUCCUGAAUUUUCUGCUUCUGAGCAGCCCAAGUUUCCUGAGUUUUCUGCCUCCGAGCAGCCCAAGUUCCCUGAGUUUUCUGCCCCCGUGCAGCCCAAGUUUCCUGAGUUUUCUGCCUCCGAGCAGCCCAAGUUCCCUGAGUUUUCUGCCCCCGUGCAGCCCAAGUUUCCUGAGUUUUCAGCCUCCGAGCAGCCCAAGUUCCCUGAGUUGUCUGUCUCCGAGCAGCCCAAGUUCCCUGAGUUGUCUGUCUCCGAGCAGCCCAAGUUCCCUGAGUUUUCUGCCUCCGUGCAGCCCAAGUUCCCUGAGUUUCCUGCUGUUGAGCCAGCUCCAGUUCCAGUGGGGCUUUUAAUUGAAUUUGAGGGGAUGAACUGGACCCCAUUUCCAGGCCCUGCUCCAGCCCUCGCCGAGCCCGCUCCCAGCUCUGCCGAGCCCGCUCCAAGCACCGCCGAGCCCGCUCCAGCCUGUCACGAGCCCGCUCCCAGCUCUGCCGAGCCCGCUCCAAGCACCGCCGAGCCCGCUCCAGCCUGUCACGAGCCCGCUCCGGCUCCAGCCGCCGCCGCUGAGCCGCUCCGGCUCCAGCCGCCGCCGCCGAGCCCGCGCCAACCGCCGCUGAACCCACUCCAGUAGCCCACGAGCCCUUUGAACCCCUGAGUCUUCCAAAGAAUUGUAUUGUGGAUCUCCAUACUCGCCUCAUCCCUUCAGCAUACAUCCGGUGUUGAAGGUGAAGCAGAUGAUCUGGAGCAGUUGAGGAUUGUGCUGAUCGGGAGGACAGGAAGUGGGAAGAGUGCCACAGGAAACAGUAUUCUGGGAAGAGAUGAGUUUGUGAGUCAG